GUAUUUACAUAUAGAUUAUAUAAUUAUUAUUUUGAUAUAAAUCAAAAUAUAUUUAAACCAAUAUAAUUUGACUUGACAUAAUAUACAAAUAAUGAAAUUCAUGCCAAAUAUGGUAAAGGUAUACAAGAUUAGCAAUAAUUUUCACAACUUAAAGCCCUUUUUGGGCAAAAUAAUACAGAAAUUCCAACUAAAUCAUCAAUUAAAAUACUUAUAGAUGAGGUUUUAUCUCCUUUCUAUAUGUUUUAGAUUUUCAGUGUUAUUUUAUGGAUUUUAGAGCCUUAUUAUUUUUAUGCAUCAGUUAUUUUAUUAACUUCUGUAAUUUCUGCAGCUUUAGGAUUAAUAGAAACAAAAAAAAAUUAUAUAAAAUUACAAAAAAUGAGUUUUUUUUAAACCAAAGUUACAAUUUAUAGAGAAAUACAUGAUUUUAUAUCAUAA